AUGGCCUUCUCCAACAACGCCAAGACCGGCGGCCUCGCAAUAUCACCGCCAACGCUACCACGGAGGACGCCGGCGGGCGCAUCUUCUCCGGCGGCGGCGGCAGCGGCGCGCGCUCUCGCUUCGGAGGCAUUCGGAAGGUCGUACGGGCCACCAUCCGAUGAUUUCGCGGGAGGCCCCGCCGCGGCGGCGGAGGUGGCGGCGGCGGGGAUGACAGUCUCGAGGGCUCCGGUCUCCAGGUCGGCCGCGAACGCCGGCACCGGGGCGGGGCGCAGGGAAGCAAGACCCCGGAGCCUGAGGGAGGAGGGGGGCGGGGGGGCGGGGGGGGACGAGUCCCUGGAGGCACCGGUAACGCCGCGCCGGCGGCGGGGGCGCAAGGGGCGUUCGAUCUACCGGGGCGUUUGCGUGACGAGGGAAGGGAAGUGGCGCGCCGUGAUAUACAAGGAGCGCAAACAGCUGUACCUGGGCGUGUACGAGUCCGAGCUGGAGGCUGCCAAGGCCCACGACCGUGCAGCGCGAUUCCACUUCCCCGACAAGUCCAUGACCAACUUCGCAACGGAGGCCGAGGCCGAUCGUGUCAUCGCAGAACAAGAGGAAUGCGGCGACGGGGGGGGUGAGUGCAGGAGCUGCCAGUCCGUCGUAGGACCCACGCGAAGACCGAUAAACUGUCGGGCCCUCGCCCCCUACCCCAACUGCUCGCCGGUGGGUGAAAUGGAGAGGCUGCGCUUCCACGCCAAUCUCAGCCGUGGCCUGGAGCCGUACUAUAGGGGUCCCUCAGAUGGCUACCCUGGCGAGGGUGAUGCCGAGGGUAACGACGAGUGUCGGAGCUGCCAGGGAGUUGCGGGGUCGGGCCCGAGGCCUAUCUGUCGCGAUUUUCCGCCGUACCCGGACGUUUCGCCGUCCGAGAGGUUCAAGAUCCACUUGAACCUCACUAGGGGCCUCGACGCCUACGGCCAGCGUUUGCCCAACCAGCCCGACGCGCGCGGUCAGUUCAGGCACACCUCCAGCGCAGGCGGCGGUGGGUCCAACAGCGGCAGCGGACGGGGACGCGCAAGGGGGAGCGGAGAGGGGAGAGGCCAGUUCGGGCGCGCUGUGGCGUCGGAGUGGGGUAGCGGCGCCGCCGGGGAGUUCGACUCGUCUUCCUCCUCGUCGUCUAGGUGGGCAGGGGGUCGCGCUUCGAAGGAGGGCUUGGGGCCCGGGGGCGGGAGAGGGCAAACCUCCUCUUCCCGUGGCCGUCGACGCGGGGGCGGCGGCGGCGGCGGGGGCGGCGGCGCCAGCGGUACAGCCGGCGGUGGCGGAGGCACCGGCCGAGGUUCCGUCCGCAUGGCCGCCGAAAACACGUACGGGUCGUGGCGCGGCACCGAUGGCGCCGGUGCCGGCAACAGCGUGGGUCGAAGCGGCGGCCGGAGGGAGAGGGACGGCGGCGGCGGCGGGGGGGGGGAUAAUGAUCAGGGGAACAACGACGAGGCGAGGUUUGCGGCGGCCCGGCGACGUGCCUUGCUCGAGAGAGAGGUGGUGAGCUGGGGGCGCGAGCUGCCUCCCGGGGCGCUGGAAACUUUGGCCGCGAGCGCCAGCGCCAGCGUUAGCAGUAGCGGUGGCGGGCGGGGAGCGGGGAGAGGCUUCGGCGGCGGCGGCGGUCUUGGCAGGAGCGAAGGAGAGUGGGGCAGCGGGAGCAAUAACGGCGGCGGCGGCGGCGGCGGGCGGGGCGGCCGUAGCAGUGGCCGGUACGAAGGGUGGGGAGGGGACACAGCCGACGGAGCCGGAGCAGGAGGAGGUGCGCGGCAGCGUGACCGGUGGCCGGCCGCGGCGUGCUCCCCUGGGGGAAAGGGCGACAGCGGCGGUGGCGGAGGCGGCGAGCACCGUCAACCCUCCGGUAGCCGCAACCAUUCUCUCCCCGCCACCGCCGCCACCGCCGCCGCCGCCGCCGCAGCAGCAGCAACGGCCACCACCACCACGGGCAACGGUAACAGGGAGCAGGGCUCCGGCCAGGGUUUCGGACAGCCAUGGAACGGGGGUCACGGCAGCAGCAGCGGAGGCGUCGGUGUCGGUGUCGGUGGCGGUGGCGGCGGCUACGACGAGUUCGGGGCUCACAACUACGGCGUUCGGACGGGAUGGGCGGGUGGCAGAGGAACCGGUGGAGGAGGGCUGGGAGAAGGACAGGGCUUCCCGGGUAGCCUCGCGGCGUUCGCUGCGGGCCAGGCCGGCAGCGGCGGGCACGACGCCAUCUCUCAGCUGCCGGGUGGCGUGUUCCACGCCGGCUCUACCUCGUCGUCGUUCAUGCAGCCGGGUCUCGGCGGCAGCAGGGGACCAGAAAGCAGAGGCCAGGGCGGGGCGCUGUCGCAGCAACAGCUGCAGGGGGGUGGGGGGGGGAGUGGACUCGCGGCAGCUGCUGGCUCUGCGGGACUGGGACAGUUGGACUCGGUGGCGGCCGCGGCGGGGUGGGUCGUGGAGCAGCAGCACCUCGUGGCCAGCGGGGCGCUGCCGACCCCUCGGGAGUGGGGCAGCGACGUCGGCGGCGGCAACGGCAGUGCUGCUGCUGCUGCCGCUGCCGCCCCCGGUCUUUCGGCGGUGGUCUCCGCCGCCGCCGCCGCCGGAUUCCCGAGCUUGGGGGGCCAGCAGGCUGCUGCUUCUGCUGCUUCUGCUGCUGCCUCGAACGGUCCCCCGCCGCGCGUCGCUUCGUUCCCUUCGGUGGCCACCCUGGCCGCGGUGGCGGUGGCCGCGGUAGAGGGUACGGCGAUCAAGAGGAGAGGCGACGGCGGGGAGCACGUAGGCGGAGGCUGUGGCGGUUUGGCGGCGCCGGGGGCGAAGCGGCUGCGGCCGUCACACCCCGAGAACUCAUCCUUUUCCGAUGGCGACGGAGACGAGCAGGUUCCGACGAUGCAGCACGGUGGGUUGUCCCCUAACCCCCGUGACGGAGAGGCGCCGGCGAUCAGCACGGCCUUGUCGUCGUCGCCACCACCACCGACGAGCAUCUCUCGUCCUACCGCCUCCGCGCCGCAGCUGCCGCCAUUUUCUGGUCAAGCUUCUCCUACGGCGGCGGCCACGGCGGCCGCGGCUGCUGUCGACGACAAACCCGCCGUUGGCGUUGUCUACCCCCCUCCCGAGAAUCCUGGCACGACGCUGUUGGCGACGGCGCCCCCCGUGCCAAGCGCUUCAAUCUCGCCCGCUGCUUCCGCCGGCGCCGCUGCUGCUGUUGAUGCCAAGUUCGCCGCCGCCGACGCCGCCGACGCCGCCAGUGGCAACGGCAACGGCAAUGGCAGCGGCAGCACCUCCGGGGAAGUGAUGGCGAGUUCGUCUUCUUCGACUCAACCGGCGGCAUCGGCCGUGGACGGAGGAGGCGGAGACCUGGGUUCCGGGCGAGCAGCUGCGGCGACUCUCAGCAAACGCUCACCUUCGGCGAAAGGCGCGGGCGCGGCUGCGGCAGGGCUUGGCUCGGUGGGGGAGGCCCCUGCUGUGGUCGGAAGAAGCGGCGGCGGCGAUGGUGGUGGUGGUGGUGCUGCCCCGAGUUCCGAUUCUGCGGCGCCCCCUCCUCCUUCUUCUUCGGCGGCGGCGGCGGCGGUGGUGGCAGUCGCAUCGAUGGCACAGCCGAAAGCGGCGGCCAUCGCCGAAUGAGAGGCGGCGGAGGCGAGUGGUGCUGUAUGAAGAAGGACGUGGCGGAUGGGAUAGAAGGCAGGCGGCGCCUGGUAGCGACGCGGAGGAGGCAGACAGGCAGAGCAGCAGCGGCAGCAAUAGCAGCGUGCGGUGCUGUGCGCGCGAACGCGCCCCGUGCCACACACUCCCACCCGACCGGUUGUAGUAAUGUCGCGUGUUGGAAAAGGUUGGUAAAAUAGGAUGCAGGGGAUUCUGGGGUUUUGUGCGUGGUAAAGAGGGUCCAGCGAAGAAAGAAAAUCAAAGGAGCAAAGUGAUUUCAUCUGUUGUAGUAGCCAAUAGAGGGAAAUAUUGGUUCUGUUUCGGUUGGUAUGCUUCGUGUGAGCCAGCCGCGUGUUUGGUCACGGAGUAUGGGUUGCGGAAAUAUGGUUCGUUGGUUGCGCCCCCCCCCCCCUCCCCCAGUUAGCGGUUUGUCGACAUUUUUUCGUUUGUUGGGGCUCAGUGAGAAUCACCCGCCCGCAUGGGGGGACGGGGGGCGCCAAGCCCUCUCCCGUGAUAAAACGGUAUCGGGCUGCUGCUCUCACCUGUCUCUGGCUGCGACAGCGAUAGAUUUGCAGCACACAUCCCGCGCCGCCCGUCAGGCUCACUGUGUGGAUACGAGCAAAGAAUGUUAAGCCGAGUGUUUGUUGCCUAUUCCCCACGGUCAGCGUGUUUGUUGCCUAUUUCCCACGGUCAGCGUUGGGCAGAGUUGGACGAAUGGAAGAAGAGCAACUCCUCUCCACGACUCACCAUCACCCUUGUCAAUUCUUGUUAGGUUUCUUGUAGCAGUUUUUGGUCGUGUUGUUUUCAGGCCUUUUGUUUUUCUGGUGGCACGCCGGCGGUGCAACGGCAGUGUGUCUCUCUAGCUCGCUCUGAUCGCUCUCUCGGUGUCCGGUCUAAUCGUAUCUUCUUUCUGAUUGGUUUGGUUGUUUGGGGGGCGAGAUAAAAAAUACAGUAAGAUUAUAGUGUCGAUUGUGUAAGACGGAGAAGAAUACAGCAGUUUGGUAGUAGAAAAUAGUUUCUAGUUUCUAGACGUCGGACAAUGCGUUCAAGAGAGGCAGGCCUUCCCUAGGCACCAAGAGGGGGGGCGAAACUGCCUGUUGUGUUUCGCUCCUCUUCCUUCGCCUCCUCCGGAUGAGCGAGGCGUUUUUAUUUAUGUUCUGGACCCACGUUGCGCGGAGAGAGAGAGAUAGAAGAGAGGGGGGCAGCGUUGGUAGGUGCUGUCCAAAGGAUGCUUUAGUAUUCCCGUUUCUCCGAAAGGGGUCAUAACCAUGACGAUUGUUUGCUUGCGGUGGGGAGAUUAGACGUGUUUUUUGCCUAAGAGUGAGGGAGUCCGAUGCACAUCGUCGUCGUCCCAUGAUACAUGUCAUGUAUGGUAGCAGUUUGCUGCUGUGUAUGGGCCCAUCGACCGCCCUUCUUUCUAAUGUCGACAGAUAAAGUACUGGUAGGAUAGUUUUGGAGAAGGACUGGAGGUGGAGGCAGAUUAAUCUAAAAUACCGCAACGUGAGUGCUAUGAUAUAGCCCUUUCUUCUUGAUGUUGGCUC